UAGUGUCAUCCUGUCAGUUCAAAGCUAGCUCAAGGUAAAACCGGUAUUGGAAGUAAAUACUAUGAAAAUGGGCGAUUACGUUAUUACGGUAUAAUAAUUUUUUAUUUUUUUUAAAGAAGAAUUAUUUAAGUACAGCCAUGUAAUAAAGCGGUUUAUACUGCGUUGGCCGGCUUUGGCAUUUUAUUGAACGUACCCUUAGCUGCCGAGCUAAUGUAACCACAAUCGUUGAAUUUAUUGAAGUUUACAGGCAGAAUGGCAGAUUCGUCGCCUCUGUCCGGGGUCAAUGUUGUUUUGGUAAUGGCUUAUGGCAGCUUGGUGUUCGUGCUGCUGUUUAUCUUCGUGAAAAGGCAAAUCAUGCGGUUUGCGAUGAGAUCCCGCCGUGGACCGCACGCACCUAUUGGCCACAAUGCACCUAAGGGCUUGAGGGAAAAUAUCGACUCCAAGCUUUCUAAGGUCCAGGAGAUCUGCUUCGAACCUCGGCUCCUAUCAGAGGGGGAUGACCGACUCAGGAGGGGAUCGCAGAUGAGUUGCUACAACUAUCUGUACCGAAUGAAAGCCCUCGAUGCUAUUCGCGACUCAGGGAUUCCCGUUCAGGAGAUAAGCGGCACUCCGAGCGCAUUUACUGGCCGCAGCUUCAGGAACUGGCUGGUGGAGCUGCGCAAUUCCCACUCUUUGAUCAAGAGCAGCCGCAGCGCGCUCAUCGAUCGCUUGCUUGAAGGCUACGACUGCGCUCGCCACGGAACCGGGGCGUUCGGCGAGGCAGAGUUUCUGGAGUACCAACAAGCUCUCGAUGAACUGGUUGAUGUAGUGAAGGCCUACUCCAGCAGCACCAGUUUGGACCAGCAACACCAGUCUGCGGCCAAAGACCUAACGGGCUCCCCAGUCCGCGGCGCUCCCUCCACCAUCCAGGUCACUUACCUGCCCUCCACGGGUCAGCGCAGCAAGAGGCCCAAACACUUUCUGGAGCUCAAAAGCUUCAAAGAUAACUACAACACACUGGAGAGCACGCUGUGAAACUCAGACGCUCAAAAGGAGAAACUGUGACUGCGUGUUUCUAGGUUGUGUUUUAAAGUUCUCAACAAAAACUGGGACUUUUCCAGGCAUCGCCUUUAUGUUGCACACACUUCAGAAAUGUUUGCAAACUUUGGACCUAAUGGGUAAUUAGGCCCAACCUGCUACAGAUUUCAUUUUAAAUUAUUUGACAUUUCUUUUUAAAAGCCUAAAUGUGAAUCUAAAUAUUAGUUGUUUUUUAAAAAUUGUUUGUACAGAUGUGAAAUAUUUAAUUUAUAACUUAUUGAUGCUGUUUGGUUUGUAUUUAUCUGAGAUGUGUUUCUAUGUGACUUAAAGACGGAAAGGAAUAAAAACAACCAUACAUCUAA